UGCCUCGCCGUGGUCCAGCUGCUCAGCCCCUGCUCAGCUGAGUUUGCUGUGGUCGGACCCCCCGAGCCCAUCCUGGCCAUGGUGGGUGAAGACGCAGACCUGCCCUGUCACCUGUCCCCGAAGAUGAGCGCUGAGAACAAGGAGCUGACAUGGGCGAGACCCAGCCCUAGGCAGGUAGUGCACGUGUAUGCACACGGGCAGGAGGACACCCCGGCAGAGGAGUUUCGAGGGAGAACUUCGAUUUCACGAGAGGACGUCACUGCGGGGAAGGCCGCUCUCCGGAUUCGCAAUGUCAGCGUCUCUGACAACGGAACCUACCUGUGUUAUUUCCAAGAUGGAGACUUCUAUGCAGAAGCCCAGGUGGAGCUGCAGGUGGCAGCGCUGGGCUCUGAUCCCCACAUUGACAUGAAGGGCUACGAGGCUGGAGGGAUCCGUGUGAACUGCAUGUCUGCCGGCUGGUACCCGCAGCCCCAGAUCCAGUGGACAGACGCCAGGGGACAGAGCUUGUCCUCGGAGGCAGCAUCUGCGGCUGCAGACCCCCAGGGCCUUUAUGCAGCCCUAGCCUCUGUGAUCCUGGAAGACGGCUCUGGGGAGGGGGUCUCCUGUGUCAUCAGAAGCCCCCUGCUGGGCCAGGAGAGGUCAGCCAGGCUUUCCAUCCCAGGUGCCUUCUUCAGGGACACACAGCCUCGGAUGGUGGUGCUCUCACUGACCCUGCUGUCUCUUGUGGGGCUCUUGUUGGGUGUGGGGUGCUUGCUGCACCGACAGCAGAAGAGGAUCCAGGCCCUGUCCCAGAAGAAGGAGAUAAAGCGGAAGCUGAGAAAGAAGCAGCGUGAGCUGAGAGAAAAGCAGCUCGAGCUGAGGGAGGAGCAGCGCGGGCAGAGCUGCAGCAGCAGCAAAGCACCCAAGAGACGCUGCAGGACCACCUCGGGGGUGCACAGGACACGGGGCUUGUAUGGCUUCCCGGAGCUGCGAAACGUCCUCCCCAACUCGGGGCUGAAAGACACAGAACUGACCAGCUCCCGGAUGUGGAGGCCACAAGUCUGA